GCUCCUUGCGUUGGUCGCAUCCCCAUGAGGAACCUCUUGCAGCAAUACACGGUACUAUGCAGCAGGCACCGCCACCUGGAGAUCUGAGGUGAUUCCUAAAUGGGGCUGGUCCGCACUGAUCGAUGAGCAAGCGCCAUCGAACGAGGUCCUUUAUCUAACCUCGGCAAUCUGCCUCCCCAAGGCGCUACUCCGCGGUUCGACGUCGAGCAUUGAUCAGCAGCGCAUUCUACAUAUACUGACUUGACGUUUGCUUGCUAGCUUGCUUACGCAGUUCUACGCAGCUCAUAUGCCCGUACUGAAUAGUACAUCGUCAUCAUGUCAGACAACCAGCGACCUAUAGGCCUCCUGUUCGAUAUCGGAGGAGUGUGUGUUCUUUCUCCAUUCCAAGCCAUCUUGGACUACGAGCUUGCCCACAAUAUUCAUCCAGGAUGGGUGAACUUCAGCAUUUCGCGUACAUCCCCCAACGGCAGCUGGCACAAACUAGAACGAGGAGACAUCAAGAUGGACGCCGACUUCUUCACUGGAUUCAAAAACGAUCUCCAGAAUCCAGAUCUCUGGAGGCAGUUCCAAGAGAAGAUCCAGGCCAGAAAGCCGACCCCUCCGGUGCCUGAGAUCGAUGCCGAAUUCCUCUUUUGGGAAAUGAUGAGGGUGUCGCGGACGCCGGACCCUUACAUGUUUCCGGCCUUGAAGAAGCUGAAGGAAUCCGGCCAAUUUAUCCUGGGGGCUUUGUCUAAUACUGUCAUUUUCCCCGAGGGUCAUCCGUAUGGGCAGGAUCUCAACGACAAGCAAUCACAUUUUGACUUCUUUAUAUCAUCUGCACAUACCGGCCUCCGGAAGCCGGACCAAAAGAUCUAUGAAGCUGCUUUGCGGGAGAUGAAUCGCAUCGCCAAGGAGAAAGGCAGAGGUGCGGUGCGUGCGUCAGAUAUUGUUUUCCUCGAUGACAUCGGAGAGAACUUGAAAGGUGCAAAGAAAGCAGGAAUGAGGACUCUGAAAGUGAAUCUAGGACGAACACAAGAUGCUGUCCGGGAGUUAGAGAAGAUGACCGGUCUGCAAUUACCUUUCCACAAGCAGGUCAAGAACAGCGCUUACUACAGCCGCUACCAGACCAAGUACCGUCGUCGCCGCGAGGGUAAGACCGACUACUAUGCUCGCAAGCGCCUGAUCACCCAGGCCAAGAACAAGUACAACGCGCCCAAGUACCGUCUCGUCGUCCGUUUCACCAACCGCGACGUUAUCUGCCAGAUCGUCUCUUCCGACAUCACCGGCGAUAAGGUUCACGCCGCCGCUUACUCCCACGAGCUCAAGCGCUAUGGCAUCACCAACGGUCUGACCAACUGGGCUGCCGCCUACGCCACCGGUCUCCUUGUCGGUCGCCGUCUCCUUAAGAAGCUCAACCUCGACGAGACCUUCACUGGUGUUGAGGAGGCUGAUGGAGAGUACAACCUGACCGAGGCUGCUGAGACCGACGAUGGCGAGCGCCGCCCCUUCAAGUGUGUCCUUGAUGUCGGUCUGGCCCGCACCUCCACUGGUGCCCGUGUCUUCGGUGCCCUCAAGGGUGCUUCCGAUGCCGGUCUCUUCGUCCCCCACUCCGAGAGCCGUUUCCCCGGUUUCGACAUCGAGUCCGAGGAGCUCGACGCUGAGACUCUCCGCAACUACAUCUUCGGCGGUCACGUCGCUGAGUACAUGGAGGGUCUCGCCGAUGACGACGAGGAGCGCUUCCGUGGCCAGUUCCACAAGUACACCGAGGCUGGUAUUGAGGCCGGUGACAUUGAGGACCUCUACACUGAGGCCCACAAGGCCAUCCGUGAGGACCCCUUCAAGAAGGAUGAGGACGAGGGCUCCAAGAAGACCAAGGAGGAGUGGAAGGCCGAGAGCAAGAAGUUCCGCAAGGUCAGACUCACCCACGAGCAGCGCAAGGAGCGCAUCGAGGCCAAGAUCCGCGAGCUUGCUGCUUAGAUGGAUUUUUGUGGAGGCAAAUCGUGCUCAAUGCAUUCGUGAAGUGCGAUAGUCACAAACAAAAGUUAAUCUCUCAAUCCAAAAACGGUGACCUGGGUUCAUUUGCCAACUGUGCUUUCUCAAAAUUGUGAUAUCCCAAGUAGUCUUCAUCGGAGACUCAUUUACGACCGGAGUUUUAUGUUCGGGGUUUAUUCGGAGCAAAACGUCCAUAAUACGAAUUCCUUUUCAGCUUCAACCAUUCCACAAUUGCUCCGGUAAAUCUUGUAGCGUAGAGAUGAUAACCCCGCGAUAUACCUGAUACUUGGACUGCUCCC